UGUCAGCCUUCAGCACUUGUCCCACAUUUAGUUUUUCACCUUUUGUCAGUCAAGAGAAAACACAAGUGCUCCAGCUUUCACACUGCACAGAGGAGCCACGGGCUGGGUUGAGUCUCCACGGUUCUCACGGUGUGUUUAAGGACAGCCUCCUGCUCGGAGCUUUCAACAGUCCAGUCAGACACUCUCGUGUGUUACUAGGCAAGAACAACAUGGCAGAGACAGCUCCAGCUCCAGCUCCGGCCGCCGCGCCGGCCAAAGCCGCCAAGAAGAAGGCGCCGAGACCGAAGAAGACCGGUCCCAGCGUCGGCGAGCUCAUCCUGAAAACUGUGGCCGCAUCCAAGGAGCGGAGCGGCGUGUCUGCGGCCGCCCUCAAAAAGGCUCUGGCUGCCGGAGGCUACGAUGUGGACAAGAACAAGUCCCGCGUCAAGACGGCCAUCAAGGCCCUGGUGGCUAAGGGCUCUCUGGUCCAGACCAAAGGGACCGGGGCCUCCGGCUCUUUCAAGAUGAGCAAGAAGGCUGCCGAACCUAAGAAGGUCAAGAAGCCGGCCAAGAAAGCCGCUCCUAAAGCCAAGAAGCCCGCAGCGGCCAAAAAGCCCAAGACAGCGGCAGCCAAGAAGCCAGCAGCCGCUAAGAAGUCUCCCAAGAAGGCCAAGAAACCCGCAGCGGCCAAGAGCCCCAAGAAGGCUGCAAAGAGCCCGAAAAAGACCACCAAGAGCCCCAAGAAGGUGGCCAAAAAGGCCCCUGCAGCCAAGAAAGCCCCCGCAAAGAAGGCAGCCAAGCCCAAAGCCAAGAAACCCGCAGCGGCCAAGAAAGCAGCCAAGAGCCCCAAGAAGGCUGCAAAGAGCCCGAAAAAGACCACCAAGAGCCCCAAGAAGGUGGCCAAAAAGGCCCCUGCAGCCAAGAAAGCCCCCGCAAAGAAGGCAGCCAAGCCCAAAGUCAAGAAAGCAGCAGCCAAGAAGAAGUGAGCUGUCAUCAGUCUCAUCAACAAACUACUCACUAAAAGGCUCUUUUAAGAGCCACCCACAUCAUCCUUAAAGAGCA